AUGGAACAUGUGCUUACUGAAAUUGGAUUUCCUCGAACUUUUGUGAACUGGAUUAUAUUGGCAGUUACUUCUGUGACGUAUCAGUUUAACAUAAAUGACACAUACACAAAGACUAUGGAAGGAAGGCAUGGAUUGCGGCAGGGUGACCCUGUGUCUCCUUUAUUGUUCGUAAUUAUGAUGGAAUACCUCAAUAAAUGCUUCAAGAGGUUGAAAAACAAUCCAAAUUUUAACUUUCACUCAAAAUGUGAAAAGUUAAAUAUCACAAACUUAUGUUUUGCAAACGACUUAUUGUUGUUUGCACGGGGUGACGUGGAAUUCGUAAGGCUGAUGAUGACUGCAUAUAAUGUAUUUUCUCUCUCAACAAGGCUGAAGUUUAACCCUGCUAAAUGUUGUAUCUUCUUUGGGGGCGUGAACCAAAUAGUCAGAAACGAUAUAAAGAAUCUUACUGGUUUUGCUGAAGGAAAUCUUCCUUUCUGCUACCUCGGGAUUCCUAUGUCUAGCAAACGUCUGAGUGCUCAAGCUUAUGACAACUUAAUCGAUAAAAUCAUGGGUAAAAUCAACCAUUGGAACUCGAGAUUCCUGUUUUACGCAGGCAUGUUACUACUCAAUACAGUAACUCUGCUUAAGCUCUUAUGGAAUCUUAGUGGUAAAGCUGACAGUUUAUGGGAAAGGUGGAUUCACACGUAUUAUGUUAAAAUUAAAAACAUCAUGGAUAUUGGAAUGACUACAAAUGCUUAA